CGUUUAGUUCAACAUAUUGCCAUUUCGCUCCGUGUUCGUGUGACGUUGGACAACUAAUAAAAACAAUUCUAAUUUCAAACUACAUUGUACUUUAUUUGGUAAUGUUAAACCUAAGCUAGACAUAAUUUUGGUUUUGAAAAAUCAAAUUGAUCAUGUCUGAUGAAAGUAGUUACUACAGUCCUGGCGAAGUUGCAGAGAGCGAGAAAGAAAACAACGUCGGCCUUCUUGCACGAAACCUCAUGCCGGAGUUCCAGGAUGAAAUUAAAACCAUAUCAAAUAAAAAUACGGAAAGUCGUGAACCAAUAAAAGUUUAUUUGAGAAUAAGGCCUUUUUCACAAGAUGAACUGAAGGCAUCAGAAGAUCAAGGAUGCCUCACAAUUAUGGAUGACAAGACAGUUCUACUAAGCGCUCCGCGGGAUUCGUUUACCUUCAAAAGCAGCAUACGAGGGAUUGCAGAACAAAAUCAUCAGUUUUCUUUCUCAAAAGUAUACGAUGAAAAAAUUUCACAAAAGGAUAUAUUUGAUGAUGCAAUGCUGGGAUAUGUCAAAGAUUUCUUAGAUGGGAUAAACUGUCUUGUUUUCACAUACGGAGUGACAAAUUCAGGGAAGACAUUUACAAUCCAAGGAAACCCCAAAAAUGGUGGAAUCCUUCCACGUGCUCUGGAUGUUCUGUUUAACAGUAUCAAAGGAAAGCAAUAUGAACAUAUGAAUAUAAAACCAACAAUGUAUCAAGAUGUUUCCAGUUUGACUCAAGAGCAGCAACACUACGAAGAAGUGCUCAAGAAAGCUGUUUUAAACGCAGGGCAAAAGCAUGACAUUGAUUUGUCAAUUUUGUGGAAAAUAGACACCACUUCCCAGAGUGAUCUAUCUACGAUUUCAGCUGCCAGUACUGCUUCAAGCAGCUAUAUCACAGCUAAUGAUGACGAUUACAGCUCAAUUUCUGAGGAGCUAAAAGAGAGAGUUUGUGAUGGGACAGUUAUUGACAUUAAUUCUCAAGGACCAGUGAAAUUCAGUGUUUGGGUGUCCUUUGCUGAAAUUUACAAUGAAUAUGUUUAUGAUCUUCUGGACCCCACUCCUCUUGGAAAAGGAAAAAAGAGACCAACACUAAAGCUUGGCGAUGACAAAAAGGGGAAUCCAUACAUCAAAGGGUUGAAGGAAAUCCAAGUAAACUCUGCUGAUGAGGCAUUCAAGGUUCUGAGGGUUGGCCAAAAGAAUCAGAAGAUUGCUGCAACAAAGUUGAAUCAAAAUUCAAGCAGAAGUCAUUCAAUUUUUACAAUAAAAACACUCAGAGUUGUUGAUGUUGAUGAACCACAUGUUGCUCGUAUCAGCAGGUUGUCUUUUGUGGACCUGGCUGGAUCUGAAAGGUACUGCAAAACACAGAGCACAGGGGAUCGUUUGAAAGAGGCUUCGAAUAUAAACACGUCAAUCAUGACCCUUGGAAAAUGCAUCGAAUAUCUACGAUACAACCAGCAGCACAAGAAUCACCCAGUCAUUAUCCCAUUUAGAGAAAACAAACUGACUCGACUGUUUCAAGGGUUCUUUGUUGGGAAAGGCAAAGCCUGCAUGGUCGUGAACAUCAGUCAAUGUGCGUCUGUUUUUGAUGAAACCUACAAUGUACUCAAGUUUGCAUCCGUUGCAAAGCAGGUUACGACUAAAAGUGCUCGAAACACCGAUAUUUUCAAACCAAAGCAGCCACCGAAACCAUUGCUGGCAACUGCAACUCCUGUGAACAAGUUUGGAAAGCACAGUUUAAUAAGUAUGGGCUUCACUACGCCCAGGCCUAUCCAAAAGGACAUUAUGUUUGAAUCUAUGUGUGCUGAAAAUGAUGAUGAGCCCGUGCAGGUCCUCAUCAAAAAUUACGAAGCCCUUCGUAAACAGUUGGUCGAUGAACGACGCAAAAAUGCUAUGAUGGAGCUGAAAAUAAGAGAGGAGGUUUGUGCUGAGAUGUCAGAUCAAAUUGUCGAAAUUGAAAGAAAUUACAACGAGCGACUUCAGGAAGAGCAGGAAACGAUGGAAGAAAUGUGUGAACGAAGAAUUGAGAUGCUUACGAAAUCAAUGAAGAAGGCGAGGAAGAAGAGGAAGCUUGACAGACUCGAAUCAGAAGAUGACGUCUCCAAUGUGCUGUAUCAAGCAGAAAAGAAUAGAGUUAAGGAGCGCGAUGAAAUCAUACGAACCCUUCGUGCCAAACUUGCCGAGAAAGAAAUCGCCCAUGAGUUUUAUAAACAAGCACACACCCCUGAGCAGCACCCAAAAGUAAUCCAGCGCCUGCAAAGUGAACUUGAUGAGGCAAAAGAGACCGUCAAGGUGAACGAGAGCCAUAUUGAGGACCUUCAAACGACUUUGAAUUGUGCACAAGAUGCUCUUGAAGAGAAGGAACUUGAGGUCGAGAAGCUAAAAGAAGUUGUGGAGUUAACUGAAAGCCAAAAUGAAUUGGUCGAGUUGAAGGUGCUGCUUGAAGAGACGAGCAAAGCUUUGAACGAGGCUAGGCUCAAGCUCGAUGGAAGGGAUGAAAAAAUAAAGGAGAAGGAUGACAUCAUCGCCCAGUUCAGUGAACAGCUGCGAUCUCUUCAAGAAAAACAGCUGGACAAAACAGAGGUUGAAGAGUUUGGACGCGAGCUUGCUAAGCUUGAGGAGCAGGGAAAAUUACUGCAUGAAAGAAACGAGUUUCAGUGCAGCGAAUUGAAACAGCUGCGUCUCGAGAAAGAUGACAUUGAUUUUCAAAGGAAAUUGCUCAGCAAUAAGGUUGAGGAGCUGAAGAGGCAGUUAGCAGAGAGUGAGGAUAGAAGGGAGCAGCUGGGGUUUAAAGACGAGGAACAGAAAAAAAAGAUUAAACGAUUCAUGGAUAUAGUUAGUAAUCAAGAAACAGCAUUAAUAGAGAGUGAGGCGAUAAUCGAGCAACUGAAUGAGAAAAUUGAGCAACUGACAGCCAAACGAGCAAUUGUGGAUGAUAAUCAGUUGCAAAAAGAUCAGGAAGUAUCUGAAGACGAGGAUGAGAUUGUUUUUAAGUUACAAGAAACAGAAACGAAAGCAAAAUCUAUUAGUGAGAGAGAAAAUCUGGCUCAAGUUGAAAGUGAAAAGCUUGAUUUAAGAAGAGAAGUGAGACAUUGCAUGGAGAAGAUUGAAAAUCUUGAAAAGGAGCUUGCAAUGAAAGAAGAGGAGCUUGCUACUCAACAGACCAAAUAUGAUACAGAACUUGAGGUUCUGAGUGGCAGAAUAGAUGGGGCGUUUAGAAAGUUGGAAGAUAAGGAGAAAGAAAUUGACAUGUUGAAAAUUAAGCACGCAGAUGAAAUAAAAUGCCAUGAAGAGAAGUUUACUAAUCGAGAGGAUGAGUUAAAAUUAAAAAUUGAUGUGUUUGAGAAAGAGGUAAGAGAACUGAAAGCUGUGGCUGGAGAACAAAAAGAGGAAGUAAAUCCUAGACAAAAGAAAUCUGAGAACAGUCCAGUUGGUAGUGAAGGCAAGGUAGUUGAAAUCAAAGCUGGAUCUGGAAGUAAUAGUAUUCAAGGAUCCAAGAAGGAUGCUUUUGCUGUGAAAGGUGUAGUUUCAGUGAAGUCUUUUGCUAGUGGAAUGAAAGGUGUGAAACCAAAGGCUAAGGCUGGAUCUUUCAUUCGGGCAUCGGCUGCUAGCCCAAGGUCCCCGUAUAAAUCGAGUAAUGUAGCUUUUAAAGAGAUGGAAAGGACUUUGAAAGAAACAUCAGAGGCAUUGGAUAAGAAAAAUGAACAGGUUGUGAUGAAAAAUAGGAUGGUAGCAGAUUUACAGAGUAGAAUCAAAGAGUUGGAAGAUGAAAUAGAAAUACUAACUGAAGAAAAAUUGAACAUGAAAGCAACAAUGGUCGAAGAAACGAGCAAGUCAAAGAAUGUUGAGUUGAAAAUUGAAGAGAUGAAUGUGGAUAUACAAAGGGCAAAUGAUGAAAUAGCCCACUUAAAGGAAGAAAAAGUCCGUAACAAAAAUGACUUGUUAGCUUUUUCAGCAUUGAAAAAAGAAGCGCAAAUACUAAAAGAGAAAAAAGGCCUUCUUGAAACAACUGUCGAGAAAUCUCGUGAGAAGAUCGAAGAACUUGAGACUUUAUUCAACGAAGAAAAGUCGAAGAGUGAGGAAAAUGAGGAUCAGCUGAAAAAGUUCAUGUCUGCACAAGAAGUUGCCUUGAAAGAAAUUUCAGUUCUGAAGGAACAGCUUGCUGCAAAGACGGAUGAAAUCGUGUCACUUGAAGGAAAGCUUUUGGAACUUCGUGAGGCUGAGAAAAACUUUGGUGAUUUGUUGUCAGCAAAAGAAGUGCUUGAGAAUGGAAUGAAAGAGAAGGUAAAAGAAUUUAACGAGUUAAAAAUCCGACAUGAAGAAGUUGUUGCUAAUUUGAAAUCUGAGAUCACGGAGCUAAAAAGAGAGAAAGGUUCAUUGAUGGAUGAAGUUGCAACCAAAAAUAGCGAUCUAAGAACGAGAAUUAUGGAACUAAACAAGAUCAUGGAGGAGAAUGUUGAACUGAAGAGCAGUUUAUGUAAAGCUGAAGAGAAUAAUUCAUUGCUGGAAUUACGAAUGAAACUACGAACCACAGAAAAGGAACUUGACUCCAUGCAUACGAAGCAACAAGUCGUGACUGCUCUCGCAAAAGCUUCUAGAAAGGAAGAAGAAAGGAUAAAAGACAUGUCUGAAAUGAUAUCUGAGAGGGACCAGAUUAUGGAACGACAGAAAGAGCAAAUAGAAGAUAAACAGACGGAGAUUGAUGAUCUUUUGUCAAAGUUAGAAGACGCAAAGUGUCUAGAAAAAGAUUUGAUAAAAAAGCAACAAACUAUUCAAGAACUUCGAUGGACCAUCAUAAAAAAGGACGAGAAAAUCAAAGAACUUAAUUCAUUAGAGACAAAAAUGGCUGAUCUGGAAAACAAACUAAAAGAAUUUGAUGAAAUGAAAUUCCAGAAGGAAACGCUAACGAUGCAGGUUGAAACACAGAAGCGAUCUAUUAAAGAGCGUGAACAUCAAUUGGCUGCUUCAAGAAAGGAAAUCGAGGAACUCAAAACGGAAAUUAAGCUGAAUGCUGAAAAGGAUUUAUCAGACAAAUUUCAAACUCCGAAGGCAACACCUCUUUCAGAAUUAAAAAGAAAGAAUAGCGAAGAUAUUCCCCUCUCUGAGCUGAGAGAUUGCACCUCUUCAACUAAAAAAUCGCCAACAAGCUUACGAAGAUCCACGAGAGCCAGAAUAUCGUCAAUGAAGAAAACAAUAGGCGAAGAAAAUGACCCGGCUCCUGAAUACGUUGGAAGCAGUUUAAAGAAGAAGGGAAGUGAAAGGAAAGUCCUUUUUGAUCUGAACGAAGAGCCAACUAAGGUUCUUCAGGCUGAUACACCAGAAAGCGCACAACCAGAGAAAAAGCGGAGAAGAAAGCUGCUUGCCAAAACUGUUGGCAUCUGUGCAGAAUCACCACAGAUCAUCCCUCCUUCUCCAACAAAAGACGAUGAAGUUACGGUGAUUGUCAAGAGGCAGUUGCGAUCGUCAUCCCGCAAAUGAAAGUGUCACACCAACAGUGGAGGACCUUCGGGUGAAUCUGGAAGUCUUUGGGCACAUUUGAGGCUAAACGAACAAAUGUAGAAUAGCAGAAUCCUUUGAUUGGUAGUGCAGAAUUUCUAGCAACAGUUGAUGCAUAAUGAUCAGAUUUCAUUGUUGAUUUAGAAGAUAAAUACCAUUGUUGGGCCAUUCCCCCUUCCUUAUACCGAAAUGUGAUCAAAUUCUUCUUUUUUGCCAUUGUUUCUUGAGACAGUUUUUGCAAAAGCCCCAGACACCUUUCUCUUCAUACCAUUCCAUUCUAGCCUGCGUGCAGAUUCGGAAAUUUAAAAGAGGAGUGAAAGUAGAGUCUGCGCAACAGAGCCGCUUUUCUUGUUUGCUGACAUCAACAUUUUAUUCUAAGCACUAGAACAACAACUCCAUUAGCGUGCAAUGUUUUUCUGUAAUUUUAGUUGUUCAAAAGAACAAACAGACCUAUUCUAUUAUCCUGAUACCAUACAUUUAUACUUCUGCUCAAAGGUGCCACUUUGAAAACUGAAAAAAAAACAAUCGAAGUUCCUCAAACCAAUCAAAUUCGAUUCCUUGAUUUCGAGGAACCUGUGAACAAGGAAAUCGGCUCGGCUUCGCAGACUCUACUUUUUCGCCUAUUUUCAAUUUUGUCAACAGAGUCUGCACGUAGGCUAUUCCAUCCCUGAUGACGGGAGUAGUGGUUAUGUGCUUUACAAUACAUGUACAGGGGCGUUAACUCUCCACCAUAGUACCGGGUUAGACUAACUGGCUUCUGAAAUAGAGGCUCGAAAGCUUUUGCCUCUCAUCCAAUCCUGGUGACUGGCUCUUCGAUUCUAACUGUAAAUAGCGUUUUUGAGCAUCGCCGUAGAAAAAUUUUAUUCUCGUUAUUUAAUUUAUUUUAUAGAUAUUAAUUAUUAUAUAAGUUGGUAUUAAACUCAUUUUAAAACAUUUUUCAUACAGUCCAUUAUCAAUUA